UGCGGUGGUGUGGGCCCCUGAGGCGAAUGGCUGGAAGCAGGGGGCGGGUCGCCUUGUGGGCGGCCUGCGUCCGCAUCCGCGGCGGAAGGCAGCCCAUCGCCAAGCACAUCGGGAGUCUCGCUCAGCCGGCCGACUUGCGGUGGAUCUGCCCCGCGCGCCCGCCCGGCGACGCGACAAGGGCCCCGGCGCCGCCCACCAGUCUGAGUAGUCGGACGGCCAAGCCAGCGGUUCCGUCGCGGCCUUUCCAUCACGCCAGCCGGCUGCAACCGGCCGCUUGCCAUGAGGAGGACUGGGACGACUCGCCCGACCCGUGCGCACCUGUGCGGCCAAAGGAGUCAAGUCAAGCGGAGAUCCCGCUCUCGACUCAGACCAAAGUAGCAGAGUUACUUGCUCCGGGGAAGCGCAAAUGCUCAGAGUUGCUGUUCCUGUUGACCGCGGUGGACGGCAGCAAAGAGGACGACAUCGACGUCGGGAGAAGCGGCGGCCAGCCGCAGAAGCGACAGCGGCACGGGUGUUUUCGAAGCCUGUUUGAAGCGGAGAGUUGCCCCGCGCCUUUCGCGUACGGCUCUCACUUUUACUGCUUCCGUUCCCCGGGAACGGAAGCGAUGGCCCCAGGCGGGCUGAACUUGAGGCGGGAGGUUGGAUCGGAGAGAAACAAGGCGGAGGCCUUGGCCUCGCCGCGCGCCGCCUCUCUGUGUAGCCGCCGUGCAAGAACCGAGGCAUCGCGCCGCGAAGGAGACGGCGAAGGAGAGCAAAAGCUGGCCUUGGCAUACGAAAGACUCCGGCAUGAGCUUCCAAAUUUCUUCCGUAAGAAUCACGACUACACCAUGUACUCCAAUGAUAUCGAGUUCAUCAACGGACUUCUGGACACCAAGACCAGAGGACGUGCGGCGUACCGGUUCACCCUCUCGCUCUGGCGCCUGGCGUGUCUCUUUUAUUUCGCCGACGCCCAGCUGGAGGUGCUCAAACUGACCAAGCACAUGGAAGACGGGAGCAUUAAGGCUCGCUGGAGGCUCAGGGGCCUUCCCUUCCUUACGCUGAUGCUGCGCUUCUACCGCAAAGACAAGUCGCCCCUGUACAGGUGCUACGAUGCUUUCUCCACAUUCUACGUAGGACGCGACGGACUCAUCCAUUGUCAUAAAGUUGAAAAGGUGAUGCCGGCUCAGCCCCCAGCCCUGCCCGGGGUCACGUCCCUCCUGGCCGGCGCUUUAGUGGCUCUGGGGGUGCAGGAGAACCGACCCGCUCUCAAUCUGCUGCCCCUGCUCUUAUCCUCGCCGCGGCAGGGGCGAGAAUGACCAACGGCCAAAUCUGGGCUGCGCUGUCGGCAAAGGAGCGCCCGCGGGGAUCAAGUGGUAACAAUGGCGGCACCCUAAGUUUUGGUCAACUCGGCGCUUACUCCGUUUACUCCGAACCGAGCGUUGUCGCCGUCUUUGUUGAAAGACAACAUGGCCUCGCCAGGGGCAAGGAACGCUUACGAUUCCCCUCCCAAGGUCAGGAUGCACUGCAAGGACGUCAAAUUGAAUCUGAGGCGAUGUUGGUCGUCGUCGUCCUCACCAGCGCAAAUAUUGUCAUGGCUAAAAUGCUUCAUCGAGUUCCCUAUUUUCAUUGUCCACUAGGAUGCGCAAAAGCUGUUCGUGUGCAAUACGACAGCAAGGACUGAAAAUAAAGAAAGAAAUAACUCGCUCGCCGUAAGUCGGGUGAAACGUU